GCGGGCGGGUCCCGCCGCGGAACCUGCGCCUGCGCCCGCGCUGCGGACGCGGCGACCGGUUUUUCUGACCCAGCUGGAAGGGCCGGCGCGGGUGGCCUCGAGUGCGUGUUCCUCUUGGCCUCUGAUGUCUGCGAGGGGAAUUCAGCAACAGGGACUCCUGUCUGGUGCUCUGACCCCAGCUUCCUCAAUCCAGGCUCUAGAGAGGCGCCCUCAGCCGAGCCCCGGGGUCCCGCGGGCCGCGGACCCUCCCUCCCUUUCCCUGCUCUGCACCCCGGGCCGGCGCUCCGUCCUGGGCGGAUGCCCCCUGCGCCCUGUGGGCCCGCGCCGGCGCUUGUCCCCGUCCCGACCUGGGUUGGCCAUCACCCUGCGUUGGGUCGGGGGCUGUGUUUGUGCUUUCUGGCAUUGUAUUCGGCCCCGAGCGCUUACUGGACACUCAACAAAUGGCUGUCCCUUCUCUGGCUGCUGUCUGCUAGCCCUCUCACCAGCCUGGGCUCUGUCACUCGGCCUGUCUGCUUUAAGGAGUACUCAGUCUACCCCAGCACGCUCCCUCUGCUUGAAGAGCGGGCUGGAAGGAGAAAGGUGUCCUCUUUCUGCUCAUGUGGAAAUUGCCUGGGAAGCUAGUAAGCUGUUGGCUCUGAAGGCAGUUGGCUGUCCUGAGUUUUCGAGUCCCUUGGAAGGAUUCUGGGGAGUUGGCCGAUUGGCUGCAGACCCGAGCUCAUCUGACGAUGUGAACAGCCUCCUGAGACCUGCAGGAAUGUGAUGACAUCAGUCCUUGUCCCCCUAGCUGGUCCACUUUAGCUCAUGGGAUCCUCUGACGACCUCCCUGGAAGGAGAUGCUCCCUUACAGAUGGGGAAGCUGGGCCUUUUGGCUGAAGUCAUUGAUUCCUGAGGUCACAUGGCUGUAGGUGAGCUGGGAUUACUCAGUGGCCUGGCCGGGUGUGGGCGCCUGUGGAUCCUGGUGGGGGUGUGGGCUGCUCAGCGCUGGGUGACCACAGCGGGACUGAUGUGCGAGGCCACCGCACUGUGGGUUCUUGCCCGCCGGGCCUCCCUCCACGUUUGGGUUUGCAGGGGUCCUGACUCCUAACUCCGGGCAUGUCCACGUGAAGGGGGGAAGAUCACUAAACUCUGUAAACAUCAUGGGGAUUUUUAAGAACACCCUUGCUCAGGCCUGGGGUUGCUAUGUUUCUGUGUUCUUGGCUCACUGUGUUUUCCUGGAAAAAUAAAUAAAUAAAAAACACUGGCCAAUAGGUUUAUUGCCAUA